CUAGCCGCGCGCGCGAGUAGAGUACACACGGUCUGAUCGAGGGCGCAUGCGCAGACGCGUUGCGCGCCGCGACUCGACUCGACUCGCUUCGGCCCGACUUCUCGGCUCUCCGUGGCUCGCCCUCCCCGCCGCCAAGGUGCAUGCAUGCAUUCUAUGCGGCGUGCACCGCAUUAGAUGCAUUUCUAAGUCGCGCCGCAAUAAAUCGCAGAAAUAUCGAAGUGGAGAAGAGGCCCGCGCGUUCGCACCGAGAGCCUCGAAAUCGUGGCCGCGUGACACGCGCGAACGCAACCCGUCUACGUAGGACGCGACGCGACGCGACGCGGCUGGACGCGAGGCGAGGCGACCGCAUCCAACAGGAAGCAAGCAACACGGGUACACGAAGAAAAGAGAGAAGGAAAAGGAGGCAGCCGGUCGAGGGAACACCCGGGACAGAGAUACGCUGGCUGCUCGAUUUUCCUAGAAUCCGAUAAUCCGGUAAGCGACUCGGGGAGUCUGCUUGCUGUUUCGCGACUCUCUCUCGAGCUACGGAUCCCGAGGGAGGAACACGCCGCUACGCAACGCUCGCUUUCGCUACGGACUUCGCUACGGAGAUCGCUUUUCGUGGCAGCGUGCGCCGCGUACCUGUACACGCACGUGUAAACCUGGUGACGUCUUCCGACCCGUAUCCCGUAUAAAUCCUUCGCGUUUUCCAUCCCGCUACUCGCCGGGGUAAGGGCAGUUCGACGCCGCGAUCUUUUCCCGUUCUCCUUCCUCUUCGCAACGGACAGGUGAAAAAUCGGGACGCGUUGCAGUGAUCCGAGGCCCGGAAUCGUGAUGAACGCUCGUCAUUGUCGAAUUGGAAUAAUGAUCCACGCUCGUCGUUCAACCGGCAGGAAGUGAUAAAGGUUACGUUCACCGACCCGGACGCGCGCUAGCGAGAGAAGCGACGCGAACGCGCGCGCAAUUUUCACGGAAAAAGGGCUACCACGGAGCUACGGGAGCACUUCGAAGGAGGAAGAAAAGAAUACGACACACUGAGUCACGUGCGAACCAGUCCCUCCCACUUGCGGACGUGGUGCCACGGAUUUCAGUACACGCUGAAAAUCGUAACGUCGUCCAACUCGAACAGCUCCGAUCGACGUCGUUUAGAGAAAGAAAAGAAAGUAACCGGAGGACCCGGCCGGAUCGAGAUCGAUCAAGAGAAACGACCAGUGUGGUAGACACCGAAAUACGGUGCCAAUAUCAUCGGGCGCCCCCUCUAGCCGCGAGAAGCGUACAGCCCUGGUGCACGUUUUCACCGAUACGGCACACGGCACGGCACUUACGAAAAACUGUACCGCGGAGCUGAUCGGAAAGCACACAGCGUUUUUCCACCAGACGGAGAAGACGAGACACGAUCGUACAGUGCGGUCGUCGACGUAACGUCGAGUUGAACCGCGGACGUGUGGCCGGAGCGAUGCACGCGGAGAUCAGUGCUCGUCAGCCAGGGGAUCUUUGAAAGAAAACCGGAGAAAGUGGGAAGAAUCGGCGCGUUCUUGCAUCGGGACUCGCGAUUCUUUGCGAGUCGCUUCGAUAAAGAAGUUUGCGCUGCAAACACAGAGGUGUCCUUCCGCGUUUCGUCGAGUCUGCCUGUUUUUCUUUUUUUUUUUUUUUUAAUUUCGAUACUUCAGCGACGCGGCGACGUUUUUCUCGCUGAUAAGCGGCCGCGAGUGAGUGAAACGAACGAAACUGAUCGGUCUCGCGAAACAGUGUCGGAUGAACUGGAAAGACGGAUUGCAUCGAGUGGAAGAGGAUGGUGACGAGGACGACGGCGAGAAGGAAGACGACGACGACGACGACGACGGUGACGAAUACGAUACAGACGAUGAUAACGAACGCCUGCUAGGGAAAGAGAAUUCGUAUUCAGCUUCAAGCGGGAGACGCGUUGCAGCAAGAGAUUCCCGCGCAGGAGAGGAAGACUGGACAAAGCGGAAGAAGCAGAAUAAGACGAGCAAAGCAGAAGAAGCGGAGGAACACAAGAGUAAAAGAAGAGCGAAAGCGAGACGCGUAGAAGCGGGGUUGCGACGGAAGUGAUUUGAUAGCGAAGAAGAGAGCAAGGGAAAAAAAGAGAACGAGUGAACGAAGAGAAGAAGAGGAAGAAGAAGAAGAAGAUCUGGAAUAGAGAUAGAAGUGAACGUUACAAGAAGCAAGAGAAAAUCAGUUGAAGAAAGGAAUAAAGAAAGGACAAAGGAAAAGGGGAGGAAGAAGAAGACGAAGAAGAAGCAGCAACAGCAGCAGCUCGUUAGAGAGAAACCUCGCGCCGCAUACAUAUAUAUUUCAGUGUGUUCAAAAAACGAGUGUACCUAAGUGCAAUAUUAAUAAACCUAAACGAUAAUAAGAAGCAACCACAACUACCAUCGACGAUAUAUCGGUAACGGCGAGCGGUUAAAUCGAUAAUCGAAUAGAAUUCCUUUUAAAGAGUUAAAGAAAAAAAAAAAAACCCCUAGAGUCGCAUUUCGAGGAGGAGUCGUGAACGGACGCGAAAAUACCGACGUUCGACGAAGGGAAAAAGUCGUCGAGAAGGAAGUGGCAGCGGAAGAAGCAGCGACUUCGUCGACGUGAAUCCACAGACGCAGAUACACGCGCGAGAAGAGUGCGGACGGAGUGACCGAAAUCCCGUGAGAAGAAGAACUGUCGUCCCGGUUCGAAGAAAUCACACGACCUAUCAUUGGUACACAGUGAACGCGCGAGUCCUUCCUUUUUCACGCUUUCGACCGAGGGCUUGCACGUUCGCGUACACUCACACACGUAUACACAGACACGUACAUCGACAUAACGGGGCUACUAACUACUCAGGGCAAAACGGGACGAGCAGUAUCAUCAAUCCGCGAGUGAGAUUUCACCACCCGCCAGCACUAAACCGGCCAACGACGACUUACUUCGAACCGAACGAAUUCGCGUCUGAACGGACUGUCCUUCUCGUUCACACCGUCCGGGCUGGGCAAUCCUGAAUUUUAACCUGAACUUAAGUGUACGAUAGACUUUAAGUUAGAUAGAAGAAAGAAAUCGGCUGUUCUCCGCGCAAAAGGAGGACGUCCAAUUCGCGCGCGCACUGAUUCAUCGAGCAGACGACACGCACAAAUACGCAAUCACGCACAUACACAGACACACGGUCAUACACGACACUUACACGCGAGAAACAAUCGCUACGUAUCGACGCGAAUACAGACCAGAGGAAGGAGGAGUUGAACGAAGAGUGAAAAGAGAGAAGAGGACGAAAAGUUGAAGAGACGGCAAGCGGGAAACACCGAACCGCGAAUACGUACGCACGGACACGAUCGAGCAGUAAAGAUUCCAUGAGCGAUCGGUGAUCGAGUUACGGGCAAAAGUGGAAGAAGAAGAACCGUGGUGUACGCUACGCGAUUCCGACAAAUACCGAUAAAUCGAGGAUAGAAGCCGAGGAGAAGCUGCUCGGACAAGAAAUUCGAAGAAAGAGACGUAGGAGAGGAAGAGACGAAAAACGAGAACAGCGGUGUAUCGAAGGAAAGAGUUUGAUGAGCCAGCAAGUAGCGUUAGUGAACAACAGAAGCAGAAGCAGAAGCAGCAGCAGGCCCGGAAAGUCAAAGCAGGUGGCGAGUAACUGACGUUGCCCGCCGCCCACGUCGAGCGAGGAUCGUUGUCCUUUGGACGAUCCUGGGCUAAGGAGAGCAGGAUAAAGCGGGUAGCAAGGUAGGAAGGAACGGCGGCAAGCGCGGAAGUGUGCCGGCCGUCGAGCUGCUUACCGAAAGGGUUGCGAAAAAGCGGGCAAGCUGCGCCGG